AUGCAGCUCUUAAAAGUACUCGCAUUUUCGGCGAUUGCAGCGAGCUUUGGCUCCUGCCUACCAACGAAUGGUACCAAGGUUGCUGUCCCGUGGAAGAUUACCAGCAUCAUCAUCGAGAAUACUAUCGAUGGCGUGGGCGGCAUCUGGAGCUUCGAAAUCGCCGAUACCCCAACACCCGCCCCUCAAGGAUUCAACACAAGCUGUCAUUACUAUAACCCCGAUGUCACGAAAUUUGCCGUCGAUGGCAACCCGAUUGACCAACCUUGCGAAGAUGCAAACGUUAGGUUCAGCAUGUUCCAACUCUAUGGUGACUUCACCUUGAGUGUCCAUCACACCUGGGGGGAUUGUUCGAUUGGCGAUGUUGGGGAGGAAACCAAUGAAAUGCCUUGCACGGACUUUGGCUCCUUUACCUUUAGCAUCGACGAGGUUUUAGGACAACAAUCUGACUCCGAGAACAACUUCGGCCAAUAUGGCCAUUUCUUCCGGGACGCUGUCAUUGUCUACCCUCAACGACAGGUUCCAAGUAACAUGUGA